CAUAGUUCAUACAAUACAACACUAUCUAAUUGUAUUACUCAUCGACUCGAUUCGUCCGUCCGCUUAUUUUUUUGGUUUGUUGGAAUAACAAAAAUAAUAGCUAAAAAAUUAUUGAAAAAACAAGAUGUUUUCGACAAAUCCAAAUUACACCAAACUCAAAACCCAUUUGAGAUUAGCGAUAAACCGUCUAAAAUUAUUGGAGAAGAAGAAAACGGAAUUAGCGCAGAAAUCACGGAAAGAGAUUGCUGAAUACAUAGCUUCAGGUAAAAGUGAACGUGCCAAAAUAAGAGUGGAGCACAUAAUAAGAGAGGACUACAUGGUAGAGGCUAUGGAAAUAGUAGAAAUGUACUGUGACUUGAUACUAGCUAGGUUUGGUCUUGUCACUCAGAUGAAGGAACUCGAUGAAGGUCUUGCUGAAGCUAUAUCCACUCUGAUAUGGGUAGCUCCUAGGAUGCACACAGAUGUACAAGAAUUAAAAAUAAUAUCUGACUUGCUCACUGCAAAAUAUGGAAAGGUGUAUGCUGAUGCAUGUAGAGGCGAGAAUGUGAACACAAUAAGUGACAAAUUGAAGCACAAAAUGUCUGUGCACAGUCCACCUAAAAUAUUAGUUGAGAAAUAUCUCAUUGAAAUUGCUAAGAAUUACAAUGUUGAGUACACCCCUGAUGAACAAGUUAUGAGGGCAGAAGAGGGUCAUGAUGCGCUACUGAUAGAUGUAAAUGGACCUCCAAUGCCUCCGGGUUUCAUUGGUUAUCCUCCACAACCAACAAUGCAGAUGCCUAAUCUACCACCUCCAACUGUACAACCCUUUACCUAUCCGACUGAAGCGUCUGGUGGAAAAGCGGGUGGCUUCAUAGCGACGCCACCAGCAAGUUAUGGAGUUCCGAACCAGCCUCCGAUCGGGUACGCCAUGCCUCCUGGGACAGACUCUAAGAAUUUUAGCAAUAGUUUUCUACAGGAGGAAAUGAGCAAUUUACCACCCGCUUAUGACAGCAUCCAUCACGAUUUGCCUGCCCACGUGCCCACACCGCAGCCGAGGUCAAGGGCGCCGCCAUCGAACUAUUUCCCGGAACUGCCUGAGCUUCCCUCCGUGCCGUCCGACUUGGUUCUACCCUCAGUCCCAAACAGCAACAACUCGAACACUUCCAACAACGCCGCGAACGCUCCUGGUCCCUCUGAUGAGAUCGAUUUCGAUGAUCUGAACCGGCGGUUUGAAGAGUUGAAGAAGAAAAAGUAAACUAUCGGCUCACGUCAUUAAUGCUAGUUCCACAUGUUUGAAACAACUUAAAGUUUCAUGACGUAUUGUAAUGUCAUCUUCAUUAUUGAAAAUUCUUUUAGUAAUCAAGUCAGUAUUAUUAAAUAUUAUACUAUAAAAACCGUCUGAAGCGACAUCUAUACUUUAAACACAUUAACUAAGCAAUGAAUAGAUAGCAAAGUAUAGAGUAUCAUGCUUAAGUUGUUUCAAUCAUAGUUAGAACAUCAUAUAUUAUUAAAUAUAAUAUUUUUUUACAAAUAUAAAAUUAUAUGCUUAUGCCACGAUAUAUCAAUAUAUUGAUGAAGCAUGCUAGAGAAUAACACUGCGUAGGUCAUAUCCAUUAACUAGUAUACAUCAUGCCCGAGUCUCAAGUAUAUAAUUGUAUUUUUUUAAAGUUUAAGCAAUUAACUUUUGUGUAAUAAAUAUAAUCAGAGCAAUUUUUUUCUCAAUUUAAAUCUGAAUUAUAGCUGUAUUGUAUUUGUAACUAAUGGUGCUCAAUUUCUGAUUUUGAUUUGGUAAAUUGAUUGGUUAGCUAAAAAAACUGACUACAACUAAAUUUGUUACUUAGCACAUGAAUUAUGUAACUUCAAUGAACAUUUUUCUAUUCUAAUUUUUUAUAGUACACUUGUAUAAUAUUAUUAUGAUUAUUGUGAUGUAAUGUGGUUUUAUGUAGCUCACGAAGAGCAAAUAAUAUAAUGUAAAUAUGUAUGAAUUAGUUGUAAAAUUAAAGAUUUUGUUAUUUUUAUUACAAUUUAUAUUAAUUCAAAUAUUACAAAAAAAAAAGAAAAAACGUUUAUUCACAAGCAUAGUAUCUGUGAAACUCGACAUAUGAAAAAUACACAUUUCAUUAAA